AUGAGGGUGGAGGGUUACGGAAUAGAUUCCUUAUCGAGUUUCUUCAUGGAUUAUGGAUAUAAAAUUGGAGAUGGGCUUGAUUUUCCAACGAAGAAACUACGAGUUCUCACGUUUUCACCCCGGAUAUUCACGUCCCCGACGACGGUCACGGUCUUGACAACGGGCCUCUGCCACAACUUGUCAUAG